AUGGCUUCUACUCUUCCACCAAUUCCCGCUAAACACAAUGAUUUCUUUAGCUAUGUUCGCUCUCAGCCAGAUACCCCCAUGGUGGACUUGGUCAAGCCCUACAUCGAGUUCGAUGCCGUGAUGCGCAAGAAGUUUGCUCAAGAGCCGGAAAGCUCUGCAGUUCAGGAGAAUCUCAUCAACGUGACGCCGAUCUAUGACCAAACUGGCGGUAACGACCUUCGCAUUCGGGCUCGUGAUCUCGAAGUCGAAACACCAGAGCAAAAAGAGAAGUACCUCCUACCCUUGGGCAACAAGGAUCGCAAACCCAAUGGCUCGCCGGCUAUUGUUCCCACGUUGAAAGAGUUCCGAAAUAACUUCGCUCUUUUCACGGAAGGCUGUCUUAGUGAAAUAGACUGGUCGAACGUGGUGGCAGCCGGCAGUGCUGUGGUCACUUCUUUGCUACCAGUGCCAGAGCAAUACCGUCAUUCCAAGCGUGGUCUCCGCAAGUACUACCACGAGAUCUUUGCCCCGGCUUCCGAUGUCGAUCUUUUCUUGUAUGGCCUGAAUGAGGAACAAGCCAUUGAGAAGAUCAAGCACAUCGAGGACAGCAUCAAGAACACAAUCCUUUACGAGACCACGACGGUCCGUACCAAGAACACCAUCACAAUUGCCUCGCAAUAUCCCAAUCGCCAUGUCCAGAUUGUUCUUCGAAUCUACCGCUCUGUUUCUGAAAUUCUGACCGGUUUCGAUGUGGAUGUUUCAUGUGCUGCUUUCGACGGUAAGCAGGUCUACGCGUCGCCCCGUGCGAUUGCCGCGUAUAUUACACAGAUCAAUAUGAUUGAUCUGACGCGCCGCUCGCCAUCAUAUGAGAACCGAUUGUCCAAGUAUUCUCAUCGAGGAUUUGAAGUCUUCUGGCCUGGAUUGGACCGGUCUAGAAUUGACCCGACCAUCUUCGAACGAACCUUCAAUCGAACGGUCGGCCUUGCCCGACUUCUUGUCCUGGAAAAGCUCCCCAAGUCUGAUGAUAGAGAUCUGUAUCUCAGCAAACGCCGAGAAGAGCGCGGCCGCCCUGCCCUGAGCAUGUACAUGCGACGACGCCAAGGAAGGGAGCUUCGUGGAAACAUCAAAGACGAUUGGGAAGAUGAAGUUCCAGAAUGGCAGGAGCAAGAUCAGGUGUCUGAUUAUAAUACUUUCACCAUUCCUUAUGGGCGAAACUUCAACGCCAAGAAGAUCGAAAAGAUGCUGUAUACCAAAGACUUGCUCCUCAAUGCUCAAUGGAACCAAGAUAAGAACCGUGAGGUCUAUCUCCAUCGCCACCCCGCAUUCUUUGGCGAGGCCGAACAUGUCAUUCAUGAUUGCUGUGGCUUCUGUCCUGUGCCCACUACCGAGGAGGAAAAGAAAAUUGCUGCAGAGGAAAGCAAAAUAUACGUCUCUGGUGACAUCUCGUUCAUCAAAGAUGAUCCCGGUCGCCAGGAGAUUGGAAGUUUCAACCCAAUUACUGAAACAGAUUGGACAGAAAUGGCGUAUGUCGGUCGCACCGAGCGCCUAUGCCAGGCCAUUGUCGCAGAUGACUUGAAAGCCGUGCAAGCCUGUCUUGCAGAGGAAGGAUCCAAUCCAGAUCGUCGCGACUACACCGGACGAACUCCCCUUCAACUGGCGUGUAUGUCUUCGACUCCAGAGAUUGUUCAGACUUUGGUCGACCAUGGUGCUCGGAUGAUUCCUCGCAUGGCCGAUGGCAAGACUGCGCUUCACAUUGCUGCCUCCCGGGGAGAUGUCGAAAUCAUCCGCAUUCUGCUCACCAAGAGCAACCAAAAUGAGGAAGAAGAGUUCAAGAAGCAAGAGCAGCUGAAGGAGGCCACGACCGAGAAAGAAGCGGUCAAAGAUGUCACAGAUGUCGCCCAGGAAGACCAUCCGAUGGACGACGCAAGCGACCAAGACGAAGAUAUGUCCCAUACAUCUGCCUCUUAUGUCAAGGUUGAGCCGGAAGAACCUCUUGUGACCUAUGACACCAUCGAAGAGAACGAACUUGAGCCAGAUGUUUAUGACGUGAAUGUGGUGGCAUGGGACAGCCGCGCUUCGCCAUUGCACCUCGCUAUGCUCAAUGGCCAUACGGACGCCGUCAAAGAGCUUGUCUCUUCCUUUGGGGCUGACGUCCUCAUCCCCGUGAAAAUUCUGAAUGAUUACAACAGGAAGCCCGAAGCAGCUAUUCUCAAUCUGGUGCUUGCUUUCGCUCUACCUUCGACAAAGAGGAUCGAGAUGUUCCGCACACUCCUCGAGCUUGGUGCGUCCCCCGCACAGGCGGAUUUGAAGCAGAGAACCCCCGUAUUCUACAGCGUCGAAUACAGGAAAGACUUUAUGCUUGAUCUCUGCUUCGAGCACGAUACGCCGGCCGUCAAACGAGCAAUCAACCAUUUGUCUAUCUCCGGAUCAGCCUGGUCUACUGGUUACUCUUCGGUGCUGAUCCAAGCCCUGGAAAACAAGAUGCCCGCAAUGGCAGUCAAACUGCUAGAUGCGGGCGCAAAGCCUGCUGUUGAGUUCGGUGAUUUCCUGAAGUCCUUCAAAAGGGCCUUCCCCGACGAUAGAGUGUAUAUGAACGGUCUUGAAGAUCGCUUCAACGAAACCGAUCGGCAGCCAAUCGUUAUGGCUGUUAUGAACGAGCUGCCCACCAUCGCGCUUGAACUCCUCAGUCGGGGUGCCGAUCCAAACACAAAGACCAAGAUGCGAUGGGGCCAGGAUGGCACAACUGUUCUGGACUGCACCCAACGGAGGCUACGGGGGCUUCAAGAAUUCUUGGACAAGCCUGAGGAGGUUUGGCAGUUGGGUUAUGGCCAAAAGUUACCUCAACUGUUCGAGGAAGAUGGAUACUACCUCGACAGCCUUCCCGCAGACAGUUACCAGCGGCUUGUCGCAACAACGGCCUUGAAGAAUGCUCGAACCGAGAGCAAGGAGGCCGAGGCAAAAAUCAAAAAGGAGAAAGAACGUUUCGUCAGCCCUCCAGGUACCAUCGCCAAAAGGGAAGCUAUCGCCAAUAUGAUCCGUGACUACCAACAUUUCGAGACGGAGCUCCGGGCUAAAGGCGCAAAGACAUGGCGAGAGCUCCAUCCCGACCUUCCAUACGAGGAUGACCGAGCUCUGCCUGAAAAGAAGUAUCCGGAGCCUGUUCAGAAGAAAUUCAAGCUCGAAUUCCACUUCAGCGAGCCGGGCCUCAAUGAUGUUCGUCGCGACGGAUACAUUCGACUAUUCGAAGCGGCUUGGAUUAACGAUCUUGAAACGAUCAAAUCCUUGACACUCGGAAUGUGGGGACCUGCCGCAGACCAACGGCCCCUCGAGCUGGCUGUGACUGGUAAUCUUUCGGUUUCAUGCCUCACAAUUUCCAUUUUGCGUGGCCACCUCGACCUCGCAAAGUCCAUCUUGGAGAUUAUUGGCCAGCAGUACAAGCCAAAGGAGUCGCGGGGUCAAGUUCGAUUCGAGAUUGCUACUGAUGAGUCGUCUGAUGAUGAUGACGACGAUGAUGACAAUCUCAACAUCAUUGGUGACACGGUUGAUGAAACCUUCACUCAUGAGAAUGUUGGAGAGGUCACGACCCAUGUCGAGAGCGAAAUGACCCCUCUCAUGGCAUUGCAGAACACCUUCAAGACUUCUCCCUUCUUGGAACAGUAUAGGCUGAAGAAUCACGUUGAAUCCACACCAAAUGGAGGAAGAGCUCUGGUCAGUGUCGACUCGCUCAUGAAGUACGCCAUUUACACGAACGAUUUAGCCAUGAUGAACUGGCUUUUGGAGACCGGGCAGAAGCUUGAAAGCGAGGAUCCGCUUGAACACAAAUACUGGAUUAAUGAUGAUGAUCUCAAGCUGGCCAUCUCGCUCGGACGCACUGAGUUCCUUGCGAAACUCAUUCAGCACAGCGGCGUUGGUCUCCCGCUCGCUAAACUGAGUGCAGACUCUGGAGUGGAAACUACAAAGGAGCCUCGAUACUAUCAAGGGUUGUCAAUUCGCGGCGCAAAGCGUUCCGACUGGGCGAACGCAGGCCGAAAUGAGACUAUCAAGCCUUUGGGUCUUCCCACUCCUCUUUUGAUCUCCGCUUUCCAAGGAAACAUUGCCAGCACUGAGUUCUUCCUGGGUACAGCCCCUGGUCGAUACUAUCUUGAAUAUGUGAACUCUCACCCGGACAGAAAGGAUGUCAAGAGAAUUGCUCGCUCCAAGCUUGGGCUUGAGGGUUCUGUUCUGAACUGGUUGCAAACGAGAAACAAUCUCGUUCUCCACUGCGCAGUGAUGGCUAAGCCGUGCGAGGAAUCAGAACGUCUUGUCCAGUACAUUGUUGACCACCACCCUGAGUGCCUUGAGGUACAAUCUGAGAGUGGAAGGACUCCUCUUGCCUUGGCCUUUUCUCUCCGCCGGGUCAAAUUUGCUCGCAUUCUGAUUGCGGCGGGUGCUAACCAAGCAACACGGGAUAGUGAAGCAAACAACCUCCUUCACAUGCUCAUUCAAUCCGACGGCACCGGCAUCUGUGAAAAUUACAAUACCUUCAACAAGCUCGUCGGCAUGCUGGAUGACUCAUUGAUUCCUACAAUGCUAUCUCAACGUGCUGGAGAAGACGCAAGAACCCCCUUCACGCACUGGCUUCACAACGUCUCUGAGUUGCCUUCGUAUGCGUCAGUCUACGAUGUUAACGGAGAGAAGCGAAUGACCAAAAAUCAGAUCAAGACCACCAUGACAAACGCAAUCCUCGACCUGGCAACUUCCACUAACCAGAAGCAUCUGGAGGUCUUCGAUGGCGCGGGAAACACCCCAGCCCAUCUCGCCGUCAAAAACAACCACCCUAAAAUUCUCAAUCUCUUGCUCGAACGUCGCCCAGAUCUCCUUUACCGCGAAAACUCCACUGGAACCACUCCCCUUGAAAUGGCCGUGGCUGCCUGGGUCAAUAACACCACGUCCAGGCUUCCUGGCCGCUCCAACCCGCCAGACUCAGACAACAUCAUACAACGGGAUCCUCGGUGCUUUGUCGAAGGGUUCAGCAAUCCCGGGAAGAUCCCAUCAGAUGAGAAAACCAUGCUUCGUGUGUGUCGGGAGAAGGCCGAGCAAAAUCCUGGGAAGAGACGGCUCGUCAGUCUUUUUGAAGCCAAUGAGGUUGCGAAGAGAUUGGCUACCACGCAGCGAUCUUCUGAGAACAACAGGGGUCGAUGCUACCGUCGUCGUCGCCGAUUCGGUGACUGUUAUGGUGUUGAUGACGGUGAUGAGGUGGAGCAGUGGAUCGGUGUGGCUUAG